AUGUCUGCUUUGCCAGCUUCCGGUGGUGUUCGGAGCCUUUUGGCGAAAUUUGAGAACACAAAUAACAACAGCAGCAACAACGGCGCUGAUGUCUCCCCUUCCCGCGGCCGCUCGUCUUUCGAGUCGAAUGACAAUGCUGCCAACAGGCCUCUGUCCAAAGUGCGUGCAAGCUUCGUUUCUGUUGAGAGGAAUGGUCAAGGCUCUCCUACCCCCGGCAUGCUGCGAAGGACUGAAAGCUAUGGGACAGAUGCCGACUCGAGCCAGCGCUCUGCCACUAUGUCACCCAUCGAAAAGUCCUUGGCAUCACCCUUCAGCCCGUCUCCUCAAAAAAUACGCACUGCUCUUGCCGCAUUUCAGGGUGGUCCAGUUAAGAGUGUUAAUGAAAAGCUUGCAUCUUUAGCCGUUGAUGAUAAAGAGAGUCCCCAGCCAUCAACUGCCACUAAAGAGUCCGGGACCAUACAAGAACCAUCACCCGUCGUGGCUGUUGAUAAGCCCUCGAAUAAGCCCGCACAUGGUGUCCCAAAAAAGCAGCCUCCUUCAAUGACAAUCAAAAAGAGUGCAUCCACGAUGUCCAUUCCAAAAGAACCAUCUACAAGCAAAACUACAAUCAACAAGACAGCUGCCAAAGAGAGGAAGCCCGCAGUAACACCUACGAGGUCGGCUACUACAACAAUACGUCCUACGGCUCAUGCCGAUAAGCCUACCACUACUACAAAAAGGGCUGCUGCCGCGAAGAGCACCGUUCCCGCUGCCCGGCCAGACCGUUCUAAAACGCCGUCUCAAGAUCCCAUAAAAAAGCCUACUAUUCAACCAUCUCCCCAGAGCAAGCCGGCCUCAAAAUCCCCAACCCGUCCUGUACGCCUCCCUGCUUCCUUAGUGACCCCUACCGCUGCGUCGACUGCCAGAACUGGAUCUCUGGCACGCUCACAGAGCCACAUCAAUCUGCGGAGCUCGCCCAAAACAGAAACGGCCAAAACGCUUUCUCGCAAGCCAUCCACUCUCAGACCUGAUGCUGCUCGACUAAGCACACAUAUCAUUCCUGAUCGGCCGAGGUCAAGAAUGAGCACCACGUCCUCGCGUGCUCCUCAGGAGGAAAGUUUCCUUGCCCGGAUGAUGCGUCCUACUGCAAGCUCCGCAAGUAAAAUGCACGAUAAAGUUGAGCCGAGGAGUCCGCCGAGACUCGCGAAGGCUGCGAAAUUGUCGCCAAAGAAGGAACAGCCCGCCAAAGUUGUGGAGGACAAGAGCGAGAAACAUGAACAAUCUCCUCAAGAACCUUCCCCCACUCCUGUUGCUGUAGAAGAGAAAGUGGAACAGCCGAUAGUCCCGAAGUUACCAGUGGAAAAAGCCGUUGCAAGCACAGAUAGUGGACAUAUCGAAAAGCCAGCGGCACCGGCGUUGGCACCAGAGGUUGAAGAUCCUAAAUCAGAAGCUAAAGUUUAUUUGGAACAGCCAUCGUCAGAGCCCCAUGAGCUAGAGGUAGUGCCUGAAGUUGAGGCAGAGCCGGCUUCGGAAUCUACUGUUGUGGACGUGGAGCCCCAAGCUCCCGAAGUUACGGAAGAGCCAUUGCCGGAAACCACUGUUGCCGAAGUGAAAUCUGAAGAUGUGCAAAAUCAGUCUGCGCAAAAUAAUAAUGUGAAUCACACGGGCGAAAAAGAACCGGCUUCAGCUCCAGAGACGGUUCCUGAAGAGCCCGAGAGUAAUACCCAGGAGGCCGCUCAAGAGGCUGAUUUGCAGCACGAAAAGAAGGAAGAUGACAUCGAAGAGCCAGCCGCAGAAGUCGAUGCUCCUCAAGAAGAGGGGCAAGUACAACAACCGGUUGAGGAGCCCCCCAAAGAUGAGGAGGUAAAAUCAAGCGAAUCAGCACUACAUCAACCUUCAGAGGAAUCAAUCACAGACGUCCCUGGCGUUUCUGAGGAAGCACUCGCUGAAACCUCUGGAGAAAGCGCCACAGUCUCAGGCUGA